CUGGGGCAUCCUUUGUGAGGUGGCCUUAGUGACAGAGGUGCUACGAAGCAGAGGCUGCCCCACCCCAAGUUGACGGGGUCAGCCACACCAGCCUUGCCCUCCAGUUCCCUGACACCAUCUGCAGAACCUAAGCACUGUCAUGCUGCUGCCGCUGCUGGGCGCCUGUGCUGUGGUGGGGCCAUUCCAGGGUCCUGAGUGGGAGCCAGUUCGGGGCCUGAUCUCACAGGAUUGCAGCUGUAGAGACCCCCGGUGCUGUGGCAAUCUACUUGUUCUCUGCCUCUUUCUGAUCUGGCAGGUCCGGCACUACUGGCACCACUUCACCAGGAAUCGCCUGCGCAGAAGGAUUAUUAUCAAGGUGCCAUUGCAGAAGUGGGCAAUGCCCUCCAUGAGAUGUGAAAUUUUCUUUAGGCUAGCUCCUGAAUUCGUCAGUCCUGGUGAUUUCAGAGGCUGUGAUGCUCAUGUCCAACAAUGGGUACAAAAGCAGAGGUGGAGAUACCGAAAGAGCCUUUUAGAAUCAUGGACCCAGAACCUGUUCUCUUCACAAAAUCUGCUUCAGGACUCAUCUUGGGGUGCUCACACCUCGCAUGAUCCCAUCUUUUGUAUCUCCUCCUUUUCAAGCACCUGUCCACUCUCUCAGGACAGUUCCUGGGAAACAUGUCAGGUAUCCUGGUGUCUCAAGGGCAGCCAAACUCACUCUGCCCUAGACACAUGCCAAAGGAUUGGGCGACUGCUGGUUCACUCCCAGGAGAAGUUGGUACCACUGGAGCAUGUCCUCAGCAGAAAAAUCUGUUCCCCUCCCAUGACAUUUGUCAUCUCUCUCCCAAAGCUCCCUUCAGCUCAGAGGCUGCAAUUCUGCUCUGGACAGUUUCUGCCUGAUCCUGCCCAUCAACAAAUGGUAAUAUCCACCUGGAAGUUCUGGAAUAACCCACAAGACACCUGGGCACCAUUGAGUGAAACCCAGACAAUAGGCAGAGAGUAUUCUAGAGAGACUCAGGCCCCAGGGUGGGCAAACCAGAGAGAGAGCAGAGGGGUAUAUGCUUGGGAAAUCCAGGCAUCUAGGGGCCAACUCUCAAUAGACUUUGGAAUGGAGCAUUGUGCAGAGGCUAAGGAUCUGGAGUGCAGAAACCAGUCACUGGUUAUAAAUGAAACUGAUGGAGAGAUCCUGAUUCCGGGGCAGAAGAACUGGAUGGAAAUUGAAAAUCAAACCCAAAUUGAGGAAGUAGGGAAGAAAAUCCAGAGGGAGGCAGGAGGUAAGAACCCUCCUGAAACCCAGAUUCACAUGGGAGAGAAUCAAGAACAGUUAAGAUGUAAAGUUGAUGCAGAGACCCAAACACCAUGGUGGGGAUACCAGGAGAAGAGUGGGGGUGGGGGUACUUUGGAGAUUCAGACAUUUGAGAGGAAGAACAAGAAAGAUCCCAGGAAGGAGGAAGAGGGAGCGAUUCAGGCCCAUGGACUAGGGAAGCAGGGCCAGACUGGAGAUGAGAAUGCUGCGGAGGCCCAGACUCCAGAGUGCAGGAAACAAAACCAGACUGGAGGUGACCCUAGUGCAGAAACUGAGGCAGAAGAAGGGAGAAACAAGGAUCAGAUUGGAAAUGAGGAUGCUGUGCAAACCCCGACAUCUGGGAGGGAGAACCUGGAAGAUGUCAAACAAGAGAAUAGAACAGGGAGCCAGGCCCUGGGAUGGGGCAAACAGGAAUGCAGCAGAAGUGAUAAUAUUAUAGAAAUCCAGGCACUCAUGGGGGAGAAACAGGGUCAGGGUGGAGGUGAGAAUGCCAGAGAGACUCAGGCAUCUAGGGGAGAGAAACAGAAACUCUCAAGACAUGCAGUUCAAGUGAGGCAGGGAAACCAAGGCCUGGGAAAAGGAGAGGAGGCUGUGCGACCCAGGAUGUCUAGGAGGAAGAAGUUGAAGGAGAUAAGAGAGGAGGAUUGGGUGGUGAUCCAGACACCCUGGUGGGGAAACCAGAGCCCAGUAAUGAAUGAAAUUGACAGGCAAUUCAAGAUAUUAUGUUGGGGGAAUAAGAACCAAAUUGGAGGUGGACCCAGAGCAAAAAUUCAGUCACCAGAGGAGAAAGAUAAGAGGAAGGAUGGAGAUGAGGAUGGUAUAGAUACCCUGGUGCUUGAGGCAGAGAACCAGGGAUUAUUAAGAAAUGAAGUGAAUGAGGAGACCCAUUCAGCAGGAAGGAAGAAUGAGGAGCAAUUUGGAGUUGAGAAUGGAGCAGACAUUCAGGCACUAGGGAAGAGAAAUCCAAGAGAGUUUAAAGACAAGAAUGCUACAAUGAACCAGGAACUUGGGGGAGAAAAUCAGGGUCAGUUAGAAAAUGAAUUCCAUGGAAAUAUUUGCAUACCACAGUGGAAGAAUCAGGAGCAUAUUAGAGGCAAGGAUGGUGCAAACACCCAGAUACCUGAGGCAAGGAACUGGGGAGAAUUAACAAGUGAAAGUGAUGGAGAAACCCAUUCAGCAGGGUGGAAAAAAGUAGAGCAUAUUGAGGGUGAGAGUAGUGAAGAAAUUCUGUUACAAGGGAUGAGAAAUCUGAGAGAAGCAGAAGAGGAUGAUGGUAUAGAAACCUGGGCAGGUGGGGAGAGAAGCCAGAGUCACUCAGGGAGUGAUAUAGAUAGGAUGAUUCAUUCAUCACAAUGGAAAAACCAGAAGCAGAUGGAAGGUAAGGAUGGAACAGAAAUUCUGUCCCCAAAGAAGAGAAAACAGAGAGAACCUGAAGGUGAGAAUGAUAUAAAAACCCAGAAGCCUGAGAACCAGGGACAGUUAGAGAAUGUAAUUGGAAGGAGCCAUUCCCCAAGAAUGGGGAGCUGGGGGAAGACUGAAGAAGAGAACAUUGCAGAAAAUCAGGCAUCAGAGGAGAAAAACCAGAGAGAGGCUGGAAUUGAGAAUGGUAGAAAGGUUCACAUACCUAGGGAGAAAAAUCAGAGUCUGCUAAGAAGUAAAGUUCAUAGAAAGACCUAUUCAUCAGAAUGUAAAGUUCACAGAAAAACCUGUUCAUCAGGAUGUAAAGUUCACAAAAGGACCUGUUCAUCAAGAUGUAAAGCUCACAGAAGGACCUGUCCACCAGAAUGUAAGAAACAGGAAGAGAUUGGAGGUGGGAAUGGUGCAGAAACUCAAAUACGAGGGAAGAGAAACUCAAGAAGGACUACAGGUGGUGACAGCACAAAGAUGCAGGCAUCUGUGGAAGAUGACCAGGGACAGUCCAGAAGGGAAAUUGAUGGAGAGGUUCAGAAACAAGGGCAAGGAAACCAGAACAAGGGUGGAGAUGCUGCUGCUGCUGCUACAGAAAUCUGGAACGUAGAGAGUCAGAGAAAGUACAGAGCUAAGGAUGAUGGAGGGCCUCAGACAUCCAGGAGAGGAAACACCAGCCAAAUCAGAGAAAAGGAUGCUAUGGGGGCCAGUCACCAAAGGGAAUAUCCUUCAGGUGAGAGGCCCACAGGCAGGAAAUGCAGCCGGGCUGGGCCAGCCACCCUCACUGGCUCUAGAUAUGAGCCCUUGGGACAAGAACAGGUAGCAGCUGUAGACAGGGUAGCUGAGGCUUCCUGUCCUGAGAUGAAGCCUCGCCCCCACUUGGGUGAAGUUUUCCUGCUGGCUACUGGGGAGGGAGAGCAUUUGACCAGCCAGGGCAUAGCCCCUGCCAGGGAGUACAAAGCCCGGGUCAGACUAACCUCCCAGCAGGCCCAAACAGGAUCCCGGAGAAAACCACAAAAGCACAAAGGGGUGGAUCCAGGAAAGAUCCACAGAGUGACACAGCCCCAGAACCCACAGUCUCUGGCUGCUCCCUUUGGCAAGCCCUCUGCCUGUCCCUCUCUUCUAUGUGGCCAAGCCCUCCAAGCUACCGCUACUUUGGUGGGUAUUCCAACUACCCUCACCAUCCCGCCCAAGUGGCCAGUCCUCAAGAAGAGCAAACGACUGCUCUUGGAGUCCCUCAUGCGUCGAAGGAUUGCACAUCUGAAGUGGGGCCUCCCCCGGCGCAUCCUGGAAUCUUAUUUGCUCUUUAGCUUCUUCGGAUCUUACUCACUCCCCUGGGCUGGGGUGAGGCUGCCUGAAUUAGGCAAAGGCCAGGAGCUCCAAAGGCAGCAGGAAAAGCAUUGUGAGGCCCAGGGCUCCAUGCCAGGCUUUAAAUAUCCAGAGAGGUUCCAAAGGGUUCUGUCCUCUGAUGGGAAAAGAUCAAAACUUCCUACACAGGCCAGGGCUUUGGAGAGGUGUAGACCACACAGGUCAGAGCCAAUGGGCACUUCCAUUCCACCUGAGAAACCCAGGAGAAAUAAACCACCAGGGGGCGCCAGAGAACCACAGAUCCAGGAAGAGGCCUCUAAGGCCAAACUCCCUGUUCCCAAGAAUCCCAGGCCAUCGGCAGAGUCUGUGAACUGGUGCUCCUCAGAAAGGGUACCAGAGCCUUCCAGUGAGAAUAGUAAGGGCAGGAAAGUGAUCAGGCCAGAUGUCUCCCAGAAGGCAGAGAGGGCUCCCAGAGAAGUGAGGACUUCAUCUUCCAGGGCCAGCCAUGACCCCUGGAAGAAGGAGCACAUACUCUGGGAGGCCUCUCAGUUCCCCAGACAUAAAUAUCAGCAGCCCACACACUGGAGAAGAGAAAGCCUGGAGCCUGCAGAGGACAGAGGAGCUAGGCAGCUGCCUCCCUCCGUUUCCACAGACUCCUCCAGCAUUAAAGGAAGUCUCCACUCUAAGACAGCCAAGCUGAGCAUGACCCUCCUGCGUAAAAUGUCCUGGUCCCCACAGCUGGCCAAGCCCAGGAACUCAGUCCCUAGGCUUUCCAGAGUGGGUAACCCUCAUGCACGGGAGGACAGCAUCAGAGUCCAUACUGCUUCGGAGAGGGACCAUCAACCACCAGGGCACUGUAGUGCUGGGGUUUCUCUUCCUAGGACAAAGACCCCCCAGGGUCAGAGACCCCAUGGGGCUCCAAAGAAUUCAUCAGCUCCUAAAAAGUUCGGUUUUAUGAAGCGUUUGAGAUGUUUUCUCUUCCAAUGUGGUCUUAAAAAGUAGGUUGCAGGCCCAGAGUCCUCAGGACUCAGAGAAGGCACAAGAGUGGUUUGCUCACCCUCAGAACCUCUAAUAAAAUUAUUUGGGACCUGUAGGAUUUACAUUU